GGAAGGCGCGCGGGGCAGGGCGGGAGUGCCCGCAGGCGGCCCGGUGCGGCGGUCCGGGCAGGGCAGGGCACGGCGGCACCGGCAGGAUGUGGUACGAGAUCCUGCCCGGCAUGGCCAUCAUGGGCGUGUGCCUCGCCAUUCCCGGCCUCUCCACCAUCUACAUGCACCGCCGGUGCAACGGCGGCAAGGAGAAGAGGAUCGCCCGCUAUCCCUACCAGUGGACCCUGAUGGAAAGAGACAGGCGGCUGUCGGGUGUCAACAAGUACUACGUCUCCAAGGGUCUGGAGAACAUAGACUAAGGUGCCAGCACUUUGAAGAAUCCACAUACCGAUAUAAAAUGAUCUAACUCAUUAAUAAAGGUAUACAUGUAUUCAA